AUGCCUGCCAAGUCCCCUCUCGCUCUUGUCCUGGCCGCUGGCGCCAGCCUCGUCUCCGCUCACGGAUACGUCUCCUCCUGGGAGAUCGGUGGUGUCACCUACAAGGGUUUCGACGAGCAGUGGGCCAACGGCAACGGCCAGGCCACUGGUGACAAGUUCAUCGCCUGGAGCACCACCGCCUCUGACAACGGCUUCGUUGCCCCCGAUGCCUACGCCGACCCCGACAUCAUCUGCCACCGUGAUGCCACCAACGCGGCCCUGAACAACGCCACUGUUGCCGCUGGUCAGACCAUUAAGGCCAUCUGGAACACCUGGCCCGACUCUCACCACGGCCCCGUGAUUGACUACCUUGCCCCCGCCGACGACCCCACCUCCGUUGACAAGACUACUCUGUCUUUCGUCAAGAUCCAGGAGGCUGGUGUCAUCUCCGGCUCCAACCCCGGCAAGUGGGCUUCUGACGAGAUCCUGGCCAACAACCUGGCCUGGGAGAUCACCAUCCCCGAGGGUACCCCCGCCGGCAACUACGUUCUCCGUCACGAGAUCAUUGCCCUGCACUCGGCCAACCAGGCCAACGGUGCCCAGAACUACCCCCAGUGUGUGAACAUCCAGGUCACUGGUGGCAGCGGCUCCUUCCCCGCCGGUACCGCCGGUACUGCCCUGUACCAGGCCGAGGACGAGGGUAUCCACUUCAACAUCUACCAGGACUUCGCCUCCUACCCCAUCCCCGGUCCCGCUCUGGGCUUCAGCUCUUCCGGUGCCGCCCAGGGCUCCGGCUCCUCCGCUCCCGCUCCGGCUCCCGCUCCCGCUUCCAGCGCCGCCGCUACUCCCACUGCGGCUGCUACCCCCGUCGCCCCGGCCCCGGAGGCUGCUGAGACCACCACCUCUGCCAGCUCUGCUGCCGCCCCCGCCGCCACCAAGGCCGCUUGCAAGAAGCGCCGCCACGCCCGUGACAUCCAGGCUUAA